AUGUGGCAAGUGGAUGCUUCCUUCUCAUGCCCAGGAAUCAGCAGUGUGAAUCAGCUUGGGGGGCUCUUUGUGAAUGGUCGGCCUCUGCCCCUGGACACUCGCCAGCAGAUCGUGCAGCUGGCAGUCAGCGGGAUGCGGCCCUGUGACAUCUCACGAAGCCUUAAGGUAUCUAAUGGCUGUGUGAGCAAGAUCCUAGGGCGUUACUACCGCACAGGAGUCUUGGAACCCAAGGGGGUUGGGGGAAGCAAGCCACGUCUGGCCACACCCCGUGUGGUGGCUCGAAUUGCCCAGCUGAAGGGUGAGUGCCCAGGCCUCUUCGCCUGGGAGAUCCAACGCCAGCUCUGUGCUGAAGGGUUUUGCACCCAGGACAAGACUCCCAGUGUUUCCUCCAUCAACCGAGUCCUGCGGACGCUACAGGAGGAUCAGAGACUGCCCUGGGCGCACCCCAGAUCGCCAGCUGUUUUGGCUCCAGUUCCUUGCACUUCCCAUAGUGGCUCUGAAGCUCCUUGCGGCCCUCAUCCGGGGACUGGCCACCGGAAUCGGACUAUCUUCUCCCCAGGUCAAGCUGAGGCGCUGGAGAAAGAGUUCCAGCGUGGGCAGUACCCUGAUUCGGUGGCCCGUGGAAAGCUGGCUGCUUCGACCUCUUUGCCCGAGGACACAGUAAGGGUCUGGUUUUCCAACCGAAGAGCCAAGUGGCGCCGACAAGAGAAGCUCAAGUGGGAAAUGCAGUUUCCAGGUACUUCUCAGGGUUUGACUGUACCGAGUGCUGCCCCAGGGAUCACCUCUGCACAGCAGUCCCUUGGCAGUGUGGCCACAGUGGCCCUGCCUUUCCCGGAAUCCUUGGGUCCCCCCUGUUAUCGGCUGUGCUGGGGGAUAGCACCAGACAGGUGCCUGAGUGACACCCCACACCAUGCCUGUCUCAAGCCCUGCUGGGGUAAGAAUCCAGGCCAGCCAAGCCCCCUGGAUUCAGUACUGCUCUGCCAUCCUUGCCCUCCUUUCCAUUGCCCCGUCGACAGUCUUGCUGCCCUUCACGCCUUUCUCUGGCUUGGCUCCCCACUACUGCAAGGCCUGUGA